UAUUGGUUUGUUGGAUUGGGAAGAAGGUGACUUAGGACCCGUCUAUGGGUUUCAAUGGAGACAUUUUGGUGCUAGCUAUACUGACAUGCAUGCCGACUACACUGGCCAAGGAUUUGAUCAGUUGUUGGAUGUCAUUGGCAAGAUUAAAAAUAAUCCAGAUGACCGGCGGAUUAUUCUGUCAGCUUGGAAUCCUUCUGAUAUCAAACUGAUGGCACUUCCACCUUGUCACAUGUUUGCACAGUUCUAUGUAGCCCAGGGGGAGUUAUAUUGUCAAAUGUAUCAGCGUUCUGCCGAUAUGGGUCUGGGUGUGCCAUUCAACAUUGCAUCUUAUGCACUCUUGACAUGUAUGAUUGCUCAUGUUUGUGAUCUUGUUCCAGGUGAAUUUGUCCAUGUUAUUGGGGAUGCUCAUGUCUAUCGCACUCAUGUCAGACCUCUGCAGGACCAACUCCAGAAACUACCUAAACCUUUUCCAAUUUUGAAGAUCAACCCUCAGAAAAAGGACAUUGAUUCCUUUGUAGCAACUGAUUUUAAGCUCAUUGGUUAUGAUCCUCACCAGAAAAUAGAAAUGAAAAUGGCCGUGUAG